AUGCUUGAAGCGAUUAGGGGGUAUAUGAUGGAAAGAGUGGUUAUCAAGUAUAAUAUGCUGAUCCAGAGUACUGAUGAGUUGUGUCCGAGAAUUAGGAAACGUUUAGAGAAGGAGAAGGAGGUUGCUAGGCUGUGUGUAUCUAGGCAAUCUCACAAUAUGAGAUGUGAAGUGAAAAUGGAGGCUGAAGGGUACAUUGUAGACCUGACUUCGAAGGAGUGCAGCUGUGGUUAUUGGCAGUUGAGUGGGCUGCCAUGCUGUCAUGCAGUUUCUGCUAUCAGCCACUUGAGGAAGAAUCCGGAUGAUUAUGUUCAUCCUUCUUACCUUGUUCGGAAUGUGGAGGAGUGCUACAAGGGAAUGACUACAAGGAAUGGAGCUGCUGCCAGAAGGAAUGAAGCUGUUGCUGCCACAAGGAAUGGAGCUGCUGCUGCCAGAAGGAAUGGAGCUGCUGCUGUUGCCAGAAGGAAUGGAGCUGCUGCUGCCGAUCCACCUAAUGAGAGUCAACCAAGGCAGAGGAGAGGCAACCACUGCUCCAAGUGUUGCUCGGCCACACACAAUGCCAGAACAUGUCCGUUGAACAGGGGAGUGGGAAUACAAGAUGUGAGGUUGAAUGUUGGCGAUCGUUUUACAAUUGAAAGGGAGCUUCGUCAAGCAACAAGAGGAAUUGGUGUUUAUGUUGAUGAGACGACUGGUAAUCAAUAUGUUAUGCUGAAUGGGGCAAAUGGGAGAUUUGUUGGGAAUCCACCUCCAACCCAGCCUACUGAGAUGGAUCUGCCAGGGAGCCAGCCGCCACCAACCCAACCUUAG